GCUUCCCUAACGCGGUGACCUGCCCGUCGUGGCCGACCACCAAGAAGCUCCGUCUACGCCUCCGCCGUCCUCGUCGGGCGUCUUGCGAUUGCCCGUCGGUUCGGUCGACAUGGCCUCGCCGGCUCCACUCCUGAGACCGCCAAUCCCCGGCAGCAGAAACACAAGCGCCUCACGCACUCCUAAACUCGGCCUUGCUAUUCCGCCCUCUCCAAAUGCUAGACCUCUCAACCAAGCCAACAACUCACAUGUCAUGCCUCCUCUGCAAAUACCACCUCGCCAACCUCCUCCAAAGCUGAGUCUAGCGACCCCGAUGGGAAGUCACGGAGUACCCCAAGAGACGACUCGGACUGCAAGAGGGAAACUACCCCCGUUACAAGUCACUGGACUCUCGACUGCCCACGGAGGAGGUAGCAGUGAUGACAGUGCUCGUUCGAGGUCCAACAGCAAUGGCGCAAGCAACAAUUACUCUACCUCCACCACUGCUUCUUCCUAUUCGGCCGAGCUCGCUGGUUUGAUUGGUGGCCAGUCCAGUCUACAAGAUCCUCUCUCUGCUGCUGGCUCGUUAUACUCGGCAUCGUCCGCUGGCGGACUUGGUAAUAACAUGGAACGAGAUGGCAGCGUACAGGGAGUGAUCUUGCCGGAUCUAGACAAGCUAAGCUUGGAAAUGGGAAGAGCACUCGAUGUCGAAGACUUGGACGACGCUGGCUGGAAAGUGGCAGCUAAGGAAGACAGGAUUGUCGAGCUCGGAAGUCUGGGAGAAGGCGCCGGAGGUGCUGUCAACAGAUGUAUACUGAAAGGUGGAAAGACGGUGUUCGCGCUCAAGAUCAUCACCACGGACCCAAAUCCUGACGUCAAGAAACAGAUUGUACGAGAGCUCUCAUUCAACAAGAACUGUGCAUCUUCCCACAUCUGCCGCUAUUACGGCGCUUUCAUCGACGAGACCCAUGGCACGAUCGGCAUUAGCAUGGAAUACUGUGAAGGCGGUUCUCUAGACUCGGUUUACCGAGAAGUCAAGAAGCUGGGCGGCCGCACAGGCGAAAAGGUCCUGGGGAAAGUGGCCGAGGGUGUGCUUAACGGUCUUACCUACCUGCACAGUCACCGCAUCAUCCAUCGCGAUAUCAAGCCAUCGAACAUCCUGCUCACCCGUGCGGGAGAGGUGAAACUCUGCGACUUUGGUGUGUCUGGUGAAUUCGGCACAAAGGGUGAUGCAAACACUUUCAUCGGAACUUCAUAUUACAUGGCACCAGAACGUAUCACUGGCCAGAGCUACACCAUUACCUCCGAUGUGUGGAGUCUGGGUGUCACUCUGCUUGAGGUGGCGCAGCACAGAUUUCCUUUCCCGGCCGAUGGAACGGAAAUGCAACCCAGAGCUGGACUUAUCGACUUGUUGACAUAUAUCGUCUCCCAGCCUAUCCCGAAGCUCAAGGACGAACUUGGUACCCCUGACGGACAGGACAUCCGAUGGAGCGAGAAUUUCAAAUACUUCAUUGAGUGCAGUCUGGAAAAAGAGCCCAACCGACGAGCGACACCCUGGCGGAUGCUGGAACAUCCGUGGAUGUUGGAAAUAAAGUCCAAACGAGUCAACAUGGCAUCCUUCCUAAAGAGGGUCUGGGAUUGGUCAGACUAAGAAAAAGCAUACAACAAAAAGUUCUUCGACAAUCUGGAAAACGGAGCAUUAACAAGAAAGCGUUUCGGCUCUGCACUAUCUGGUUGCUGUAUGAGGUGCAACACGUUCUCUUGCACUUUUGGCGGUUUUCAUUUCGUCGAGAUCUCUCUUCGUGUCUCUACCUGUCUUUUGUUCUUGCUUUUGAUAAUGUGCAUUGGGAC